AUGAAGAGGAAACGCAGAAGCAACGACGAGGACGACGACUAUAUUCGAAAGAAAAUAAGAAAAUUGGAGCGCAGACUUUGGCAGAAGUCACGCCGCCGCAUAAGAAUGGUCGACUCGUCGGAAAGUGAUAGCAGCGGCGAAAACGAGUCCGUUUCGGCGGAUAUUGAACCAUGUGCUUCACGUCGAGCCUCGACGGGUCAAAGGUCUGCUUCACCAGCACCGGGGACAUCGCACCAGGAGGAAACAGCUGCAGCGCAACCCAGCCGAGAUCCUAUACGUCCGACAUCUCCUCAACCUGGCCCGUCGUCUGCACCAGAUCAGUACGUACCUACCGAACCCGCACAGCCCGCGCAGGCCGCGGAGCCCGCACCGUCCUCGCUCGAGGACAUAGAAUUGGACGAGGAUAUCCUCAAUUUACUGGGCGAGGCUCCAAAAUUGGAUACGCAGUUGGGAAAAGGUGUUCACAAGGACGUAGCUUGUAGAUGGCAGGAAGUAUUAAACAAGGGAUUACAAAAAGAAGUUAAAGACAAGUUAGCUGAAGAAUACCUAAUACCUGACAAUUGCACUUUAUUAGUCCCUCCUAUUUUAAACGCCGAAGCAAAAGCGGCGUUGCCUGAUGCCUUGAUAAAAAGAGACACCUCUUUAAUGCUUAGACAAAAACAGAUAGCGUUAGCGUUGUCGGCACUCUCACAGGCUACGGAUAUUUUAAUAAAACAGAAGUCUUCGUCGCCUGCCAUACUAAAACCUAUUAGCGACGCAUGUCGUAUUCUAUGCGACUCUCAUUUUACCGAGACGAAAAUGAGAAGAAACUUUGUGAUUUCCGCUAUAAACACUGAUUUGAAGGAUACUUUAAUUAAUACCGAAAGGGACAAAUUUUUAUUUGGCGAGAACGUAUCUGAGAAACUGAAAGCUGCGCAGACUGUACAAAAAUCAGGAGAUACAUUAAAAAAUACACAGAAGUCAUAUAAUCCAUUUAAUAAAGCAAAUUUCAUAAAGAAAAAUAGGUAUCAACAAAAUAAAGGAAAUUUAAACUACAACACCCCGUAUCGGAAGAUGACGAACUACAACAGCAAGUCGGAUGCGGGGCGGCCUCGUGCAGCAGCGCGGCCCGCGCCGGUGCCCUCCAACAGGUACAACACCCGCUACCGGGCCCGGGAGCGCCAGCGCGAACGCUCGCGCACACCUCCUCGGAGAUACCAGCGGAGACAAUAGACCAUGAGAACAACCCACAGUCUUCACAAGACUCUGUCACUAGUUGCCGCCAAAUUAUCAGGAAAGCACUAUUGAAGAGAUCAUUGACCCCUAGGUCUGUGGAAAUAAUGUUGUCUUCUUUAAGCGAUAGCACUUACAAACAAUAUAAUGGUUGUAUACAGUCAUGGCUUACCUUUUGCAAAAACAAUGGAUAUGAUUAUGAAAAUACGUCGGUAGAUGUUGUAAUUAAUUUUCUUGCUGAGAUAUUCGAUUCAGGUGCCAAGUAUGGCACUCUUAAUAAUUAUAGAUCUGCUUUGUCAUUGUUACUAGGGAAAAUCCUUGAUGACGAAAAAAUCAAGCGUUUUAUGAAGGGUGUUUUUAGAUUGAGACCUACGGCACCAAAAUAUAAUUUGACAUGGGAUCCAAGCAUGGUGUUAAACUUUCUAGCUCAAAAAUG